CGCACGCAGCGUCAAAUCAGUCCGGACCAUGGCGGAAUGUGGUCGAGGUGUCAGCGGCACAAGUAGUCACACCAUGGAUAAAAGCAUUACUCUCCCGCCCGACGAAAUAUUCCGCAAUUUGGAAAACGCAAAACGGUUCGCAAUAGAUAUAGGUGGAUCGCUUACAAAGCUCGCUUACUACUCAACGGUGCAACACAAAGUGGCCAAAGUACGAUCCUUCGAGCACAACACAGAGGAAGCUGCCAGUGACAAGCUGUAUGAGAUCUCAGUGCAGGAGGAGGUCACUGCACGCCUGCACUUUAUCAAGUUUGAAAAUGCUUACAUUGAGACAUGCUUGGACUUCAUCAGAGACCAUCUGGUCAACACGGAAACCAAAGUUAUCAAGGCCACUGGUGGAGGGGCGCACAAAUUCAAGGAACUCAUUGAGAGGAAAAUUGGACUCAAGGUGGACAAAGAAGAUGAGAUGACCUGCCUAAUCAAGGGUUGUAAUUUUGUGCUGAGGAACAUUCCCCAUGAGGCUUUUGUGUAUGCUAAGCAUGCUGACUCAGAGUUCCGCUUUCAGACGACUCAUCCAGAUAUCUUCCCUUACCUGCUUGUAAACAUCGGGUCUGGGGUGUCCAUAGUCAAGGUUGAAUCAGAGGACAAAUUUGAACGAAUUGGUGGAAGCUCAAUAGGCGGAGGGACCUUCUGGGGCCUUGGAGCCCUGCUCACCAAAACAAAGAGAUUUGACGAGUUGCUACAGUUGGCCUCAAAAGGCCAGCACACAAAUGUUGAUAUGCUUGUCAAAGAUAUCUAUGGAGGAUCUUACGGGUCUUUGGGCUUGACUGGAGAUCUUAUUGCAAGCAGUUUUGGGAAGUCUGCCACUGCCGACAAAGAGUUUUCUAAAGAAGACAUGGCCAAGAGUUUACUCCAUAUGAUCAGCAAUGACAUUGGACAGCUGGCCUGUCUGUAUGCAAAGCUCCACAAUCUGUCCAGAGUCUACUUUGGGGGCUUCUUCAUUCGAGGGCACCCUGUCACCAUGCACACAAUCACCUACAGCAUCAACUUCUUCACAAAGGGUGAAGUUCAGGCUUUGUUCCUGAGACAUGAAGGAUAUCUUGGAGCAAUUGGAGCCUUUCUUAAAGGAGCAGAGGAAGAUAAUCCAAAUCAAUACAGUUGGGGUGAGAACUAUGCUGGAAGCUCUGGGCUCAUGAGUGUUUCUCCGGAUAUGAAUCCCAUGCAACGUGCUCGCAGUGGAACGUUUUCCUUUGACAUGUUGGAGAUGGACCGUCUGGAGAGGCAGCUGGUGAACCUGCCUCUGCUGCAGGACCCUUCCUCUUACAUCCCUGACACUGUGGAUCUCACGGAGGAUGCUCUGGCUCGCGAGUACUGGCUCUACUGCUUUGAGGAGGCUCUAGAUGGGGUGGUUAAGAGAGCUGUCGCGAGUCAGCCUGACAUACCAGAGGCAACAGAACGAGCCGAGAAGUUCCGACAGAAAUACAGACACAAGCUUCAGACGCUCCGCCACCAGCCAUUUGCUUAUGGAUCCCUCACUGUCAGAAGUCUUUUAGACACAAGGGAACACUGUUUAAACGAGUUCAACUUUCCUGAUCCCUACUCUAAGAUUAAACAGGGAGAGAAUGACUUGGCUCUAAAGUACUAUCAGAAGGCAGUGAAGUCCCUGGAGGAGUUGAGCUGGGAGCAGAGACAGUUUGCCCUGGUGCGGGGCGUUCUGGCUGGGAAUGUUUUUGACUGGGGAGCCAAGGCCGUGUCAGAUGUCCUGGAAUCUGAUCCAGAGUUUGGGUUUGAAGAGGCUAAACGGCAGUUGGAAGAGCGGCCAUGGCUUGUUGAUUCUUUUGAUCAGUGGCUGGAGAGAAUGAAGGGGCCUCCACAUAAGUGUGCCUUGUUUUUCGUCGACAAUAGUGGAGUAGACAUUAUUUUAGGUGUGAUGCCUUUUGUCCGAGAACUUCUCUCUCGAGGAACAGAGGUCGUGUUGGCCAGCAAUUCUGGUCCAGCUUUGAAUGACGUAACCAACGGUGAACUGCAAAUACUGACCGAAAGAAUGGCUGCUAUGGAUCCAGUGAUUCAGGCUGGUCUGAGGGAGGACAGGCUGACGUUGGUCCAGAGUGGUUCAAGUUCUCCUUGCCUUGAUUUGAGCCGUCUGGACAAAGUGCUGGCAAUGGUGGUGCGAGAGCGGAAGACCGACCUGGUGAUCAUCGAGGGGAUGGGCCGAGCCAUUCACACCAACUACUACGCCAUGCUCAGCUGCGAGAGCCUCAAGAUGGCCGUCAUUAAGAACUCGUGGCUGGCCGACCGGCUCGGAGGAAAGCUGUUCAGUGUGGUUUUCAAGUACGAGGUACCGGCAGGAAAGCUGAGCCUGGACUCUGCAGAGCUGACACCCUCGUGAGAGAGACUUGACCUGCUAUUGAGAAGGACAAGACACUGGAGUCAACCGACCAGAGAUAAUUAGCUGGAGCUCUGUGUGUAAGGAUGAUGGUUGUAUACUGCCUCUGUGUGAGGGACGGAUUGUAAAGUUGAUUGCAACAUCUUGGCAGGAUUUUAAAAGCAAUCAUUUACGCGGAGAUUCUGUUUUAAACGCAUUAUUGAUUUUACUGCAGUUUUCAUGUUGCUUUAUUUGGUUUGUGUCCAUUAUCCUCUGCAGUCUACACUUUUUUGUUUGCUGCCAUCAUUGCUCAGCACCUGGAGUUUGACCUCCAUCACUGGCUCGAUUCAGUAAAUGCAGUAAAUGUGCACCCAUUCAGACCAGAUUUAUUUGCAGUGUGUGUGUUGCAGAGGGAGAGGAAAGAGAUGCAGAAGUAUUCACCGCUUUUAGUGGUUUCAUAUUUUACAUCAAGUGUAAUUAAUGUGUCUUGAGUUGGAUUUGAUAAAAACAUCCUUUUCUCAGACUGCUUUUUAAAUCCCCGCUGAGGUGUACGGCACUGCGCUGCAUAGCAUAUGCGCUUUUGUUUUCCCAGCGAUCUCAAGAAGAAUUCAUGGAAACGCUGUUUUUCCCAUGACUGCCAGUGAAUGAGUUUGAGAUGAAGAAAUGAAUCAUUGUCACUGUCAUUUGGUGUUUGCUGUUGAGGUGGCAUCAGGGAAAAUAUGCGCAUCAAUGGCAGAAGCUGCACUUUAUCACACGUAGAGACUUGAGGAAGCUCUGCUUGUGUUCCUCCACAAGGUGGCAGUAUUCAACUGUGUUGUAUGUUUUUUUUUUAAAUGUUGCGUCUUAGCCAAAGUGCUUGGUGUCAAUGUAAACACUGCACAUUUCAGGUUAAAUGCUUCAACCAUCUCAGAUCAGUGCGUCACAUGGAACGUUUUGUCACUGCAAUGUGACGUCAGUCCGUCCAUGUGUCCUCUGUCCA